AUGUUUCGAAUUCUUGAGUCGCAAGCUCCGGCCAAACAAACGGCUACGGACACAAUCGAUGUGCUCAGCAGUAGGCUGCAGAGCGCAACCCUGUUGGAGGAUCGGCGGGCGGCAAUUCAAGGACUGCGAAGCUUUGCGAAGCUCUACCCUGCGUCGGUAGCCUCUGGAGGAUUGCGAUCUUUGAUCAGCAGUCUCCGCAAUGAUGGCGAGGAUGUUGACACCACCAAGGUGGUUCUUGAAACUCUGUUGAUGCUAUUCACGCCCGAUGAGAAUAGUCCCGAAGCAUCAGAUGAAAUCGCUCUUUGGCUGGCGGAUGAGUUCACUCAGCGACAAGAUAACAUCACGAUCCUACUUGAUCUCCUCGAAACCCGGGACUUUUAUUCUCGCCUAUACUCCCUGCAAUUGAUGUCCCAUAUCAGUAGCGCCCGACCCGAGCGGACACAAGAGUGUAUCUUCACGGCCCCAUUGGGAAUUUCAAGAUUGGUAAAUGUCCUUACAGACACUAGGGAACCAGUCCGAAACGAGGCCCUCCUUCUCCUCAUCGUCCUGACGCCCGCCUCAGAAGAGCUGCAGAAGUUGGUGGCAUUCGAAAAUGCAUUCGAAAUACUGUUCUCGCUGAUCGAAGCAGAGGGUGCCUUGACACAUGGAACAGAAGUCGUCGAGGACUGCCUUUCUUUGCUCGCUCACCUACUGAGGUUCAACGUUUCAAACCAGUCUUUUUUUCGCGAGACUGGCUGUGUGAAGAAACUGACGAAACUUCUCUCUGACUGCGAGCAAGAAACAGAAGGUGAAGAACCUGCGCCUCAAUGGGCCCUCAUUCAUCGAGACAAGAACGUCUGGGGAUUGCUGGCGAUAAUUCAGCUCUUCCUGGUGCGAGGUGGUGUGGGAACACCCGCCAACCAAACCGCAUUUUGGCAAAAUGGCGUGACAGAGCAAGUCCUAAGCAUUGCAUUCGGUCAGAAGUUCAAUGUGAACGUUACAUCUAAGGCUCUCUCCACAUGUGCCGAUCUGAUUAGAGGAAAUUCGCCACUACAAGAGAGAUUUGGAGAUAUCGAGGUCUCAUGGGGAUCUCGUGUACAGGACGCCAAAGCCGCCAAUGGCCAUGCAGAGCCCGAACGGAUCAAUGUUAUUGAAGCUUUCUUGAAGUUGAGCCUCCAGCCGUCACCAAACAGUAUGCUGGAUGCCCGGCUCGCGGCUUGCGAAUGCAUGGAAGCGUUCUUCGCUCACCAUCCUGGAAUCCGCAUGCACGUGCUCCGACGUGCAAUCGAUGGACACAUCAGCGGACAAGAUCGAAUUCCCAAUAUUUUAUCCGUGUUGCUUACGGUACCCGAGUCCCGAGGAAAUGCCGAUCCUUAUCAAGUUUGGAUGGCUUCCGUUUUGAUGUUCCAUCUUCUUUUUGAUGACCACGAGGCAAAAGCCACGGCCAUGAAGGUGACUGAGGGCGAUGCUGAGAGUGGCGAGGAAGUUGUUACGAGCGUACAAACCGUGGUAGGAAAUCUAAUCACGGGAUUGCAGCGUGGUGACGAUGAACGCAUUACUGUUGGCUACCUGAUGUUGCUUUGUGGCUGGCUUUUCGAGGACCCAGACGUCGUGAAUGAUCUCCUGGGAGAGGGCAGCAGUAUCCAGACCCUCUUGCAAGAAAUCAAACACCCAAGAGUGCCUAGCAAACUGGUGCCUGGUCUCUGCACAGUUCUACUUGGUAUCAUCUAUGAAUUCUCGACGAAGGAUUCCCCUAUACCUCGAGUCACAUUGCAUAAGCUACUUCUUGAACAACUUGGAAGAGAGCAAUAUAUCGACAAGAUUACUAAGUUGCGGGAAUGUCCCUUGGUCCGUGAUUUUGAAGUCCUACCACAGACCUCUGUCGGGCAGACUGAUGGUGGACUCCCGGAGGUGUUCUUCGAUCGCUCUUUUGUCGAGUUCCUGAAGGAUAAUUUCAGUCGACUGCUCCGAGCCAUCGAUCGCGAGCCAGGAUUUGAGAUCUCGGUUGUUGCCAACGGUGUCGAGAAAGGUGUCUCUCGUGAACUUGUGGAUAGCUUGCGCGCGGAACUCGAGGAUCGGAGUCAGACUCUUCAGAAACUGGAAUCUGACCUUGUAAAUGUUCAACGCAAGCUAGAACAAGAGCAAUCAGAUCACAGAAAGACAAAAGAAUCGGGCUCUGUGGAGGUCUCCAAGGCUCAGCAAUCCCAGCAAUCUCUUCGAUACUCCCACGCGCAGGAGCUUUCACAGUUGGACGAACAGCAUAAACAGUCGAAGAAUGAGCUACUCAGGCAACAUAGCGAACAGCUGCGUGCCAUCGACAACCAGCUGAAGGAGGCCUCAGCCGAUUAUGAAAGAAAGAGCGCGAAGGUUAAAUCGCAUCAUGUUCAGGAGGUUGCUGGCUUGCAAAAGAAAAUCGAUCAGCUGGAAGCAGAGCUUUCAAAGGUUCGCGAACAACAUGCGUCCGAGGUUUCCGGCUUGAAGAGUGUCAUCCAUGAACUAGAGACGACUAUCAGCCAGUCCAAAGAAAGCCAUGCGGGGCAGGUUUCAGACCUCCACCAAAAGCUUCAGGACUUUGAAUCUACCUUAUCAUCAAGUAAGGGUCAGCACGAAACCGAGAUUGCUGGCCUGAAGGCUUCGAUUGAGAUAUUGGAGUCGCAGCUUUCCACAGUCAAGUCCGAACACGAGGCCGAGACCGCUGAUCUCAAGAAGGCACGGGAGACUUUGCAAUCUGAACUGAACCGGGUUCAAAAGUCCACUGAGAGUCUUGAAGCUGCUAAGGGGCAGUAUGGUGCGGAAACGGCUGAUCUCAAGAAGACUAUUGAAAAGCUUCGAUCAGAGGUUGAUAAAGCCCAGUAUGACGCCAAGGAGCUUGAAGCGGCAAAAAAACAGCAAGACUCCGAAGCAGAUAGGCUCCAGAAGGAAGUGAAAUCUUUGCAAGCAGAUCUUGACAAGGAGAAGAAUAACGCUACCCAAAGUCUGGAAACAGCAAAGGGACAGCAAGAAUCCGAGACUGCUGAUCUUAAAAAGACCAUUGAAGCAUUGCGAUCGGACCUUGACAAAGCCCAGCAGAAAUCAAACCAAGUCCUCGAGUCCGCGAAGGGUCAGCAAGCAUCAGAAACCGAUGAUCUCAAGAAAACCAUUGAGACAUUGCGACUGGAUUAUGAGAAGGCAAAGCAACAAUCUACCAAGGACCUUGAAACCACCAAUGAAGGUUUCUCGUCGAAGAUGUCUGCUCUCGAGGCGCGCACCACAGAAGCGGAACGCAAAGCCCAAGAGAUUGAGUCGCAGGCCCAAAAAGUGGCUGAUGCCCUGAAAGACGCCCAGGCCCAACUUGAAAAGGCUCAGUCCGAGGCCAAGGAGAAAGAGGACGCUCGCCAAGCCACUCAGUCGGAGUUGGAUGAUUUGCUGAUUGUGUUCGGUGACCUGGAAGCCAAACGAACCGAGGACAAGAAACGUCUCAAGGACCUUGGGCAAGAGAUUUCAGAGGACGAGGACGGUGAAGAUGAAGAUGACGAGAACGAGGAGUAG